UGAGCGGAGAGGGAUGCUGCUUCACAGAGCUAUUACACGUAUCUCACUGACUUCGGCACAUUUAUAUCUCACAAGAAAUCGGUCCAAAGUCCGUCAAACAUUGUUCCACAUUUUUGCUGCGUUUAUUGUUAAAUAUUUUGGAAGAACGUUGUAUUACAAUCUCUUUUUAUUUCAGUAAAAGGACGCAAAACAUCCAAACCGCCGUACCUUCUGGGUACUUUCCAGUCAUAGAAAGAAAUAUCACAUCUUCAACUGGUCCAAGACCCAUCGACUCUUCUGUCCGUGUUUGUCUUUGACUAGUAGAACAUUGGGACAACACAACCAUUUGAUCAUCAGAGCAGUUAAACAUUGAAACAUCAGAAUUUCAGAACAUUAGUCAGAACAUAAGUAGUAAAACAGUUGAAGAGCAAUGCCACUGAACACCUGAACCUCUGAACAUUAAAACACCUUAAAAUCAAACAGUAAAACACUAUAGCCAUACAACAUCAGAACAACCAAACAGUAGAACACUAUAGCCAUACAACAUCAGAACAACCAAACAGUAGAACACUAUAGCCAUAAAACAUUAGACAAACCAAACAGUAGAACACUAGAGGCAUAGAACAUCAUAACAACUGAACAGUUGAACACUAGAGGCAUAGAACAUCAGAACAACCGAACAGUAGCACACUACAGCCAUAGAACAUCAGAACAACCAAACAGUAGCACACUAAAGCCAUAGAACAUCGGAAACAACCGACCAGUAGAACGCUAGAGGCAUAGAACAACAGAACAACCGAACACUAGAACGCUACAGCCGUAGCCCAACAGUUAUCUGACCAGUGUUCCAACAGUCUCUCCAACUAUUAUCUACACCACCCAGGGACCAUAGGAAAUAUCCUGGGAUUACGUUGAGGUUGGCACGCCCAGUCUAACUCUCCCUCAUUCAGGGUGCCAACAUGGAUACUACUAUCAGUCCCUUCUUGACCCGAACCCUGACCCUGGUGGUUGUCCUGGGGGUCACCACACCCAGUGUCUGGUCCCUAAACCCAGAUGACCCCAACGUCUGCAGCCACUGGGAGAGCUAUGCUGUGACAGUCCAGGAGACCUACGCCCACCCCUUCGACCAGGUCUAUUAUACCAGAUGCACGGACAUCCUCAACUGGUUCAAGUGCACCAGACACAGGAUCAGCUAUAAGACGGCUUACCGGCGGGGUGUCAGGACCAUGUACCGCAGGCGAUCCCAGUGUUGUCCAGGUUACUUUGAGAGCGGAGACUUGUGUGUCCCACUGUGUACUGAAGAGUGUGUCCACGGAAGGUGUGUGUCUCCUGAUACGUGCCAGUGUGAGCCAGGCUGGGGUGGUCUGGACUGCUCCAGUGGUUGUGAGAGUGACUUCUGGGGACCCCACUGCAGUAACCGGUGCCAGUGUCAGAACGGGGCCCGGUGUAACCCCAUCACCGGGGCGUGCGUGUGCACAGACGGGUACCAGGGCUGGCGCUGCGAGGAGCCCUGUGAGCCAGGUCACUAUGGCAAGGCGUGCCAGCUCACAUGCCAGUGUUUGAACGGGGCCACCUGCCACCAUGAGACUGGGGAGUGUAUAUGUGCCUCAGGGUACUCCGGGGCCUUCUGCGGAGAGCGGUGUCCCUCUGGUAGUCAUGGACAACAAUGUGAUCAGAACUGCCCCUGUCAGAAUGGAGGAGUCUGUCACCACGUCUUGGGAGACUGCUCCUGUCCUGCGGGCUGGAUGGGCUCUGUCUGUGCCCAGCCGUGCCACGCAGGCAAGUACGGCAUCAACUGCAGCAAAGACUGCUCUUGUCGUAACGGUGGACUGUGCGACCAUAUCUCCGGGCAGUGCCAGUGUACCGCGGGCUACAGUGGACGAAGAUGUCAGGAGGAGUGCCCGGUCGGCUUCUACGGCCCUCAGUGCAGCCUGCAGUGUGACUGUUAUAAUGGGGCUAAAUGUUACCAUAUCAACGGGGCGUGUCUUUGUGACACCGGCUUUAAAGGACAUGACUGUCAGGAGCGGUUCUGUCCUCCAGGCCUGUACGGACUCAUCUGUGACAAGUACUGUCCAUGUAACGCCUCUAACACUGUCAGCUGUCACCCUCUGACUGGCGAGUGCACCUGUACUGCUGGGUGGGCGGGGCUCUAUUGCAACGAGACCUGCCCACCUGGUUACCACGGAGACGGAUGCCAGAUGCCGUGCAGCUGCUCCAAUGGGGCCAGCUGUCACAGAGUGACUGGAGCCUGUGUCUGCCCUCCUGGUUACAUGGGUGAUGACUGUACCACCCCUUGUCCCCCUGGUCUAUAUGGUCCCAGCUGCUCCUCAGCGUGCUCAUGUCAUAACCAAGCCUCCUGCUCCUCCUUCGAUGGAUCCUGCAACUGCAGAGGAGGUUGGCAGGGGAUGGACUGUGCCAUGCCUUGCUCUGAGGGGACCUGGGGUCUGGGUUGUAAUCAGAGCUGCGUGUGUGCCAAUGGGGCAGCCUGCAACCCCGUGGACGGCACCUGUACCUGCUCCCCAGGCUGGAGAGGGGAGCACUGCCUCCUGCCCUGUCCUGGGGGCACGUACGGUCUGGAGUGUCGUGAGCAAUGUGACUGCAUUCAUGCCAACGGAUGCGAACCUGUGAGCGGGUUUUGUCGCUGUCUCGCUGGAUGGACAGGCUUCCACUGUGACAGCGUGUGUCCCCAGGGUUUUUGGGGUCCUAACUGCACUGUCAGCUGCUCCUGUCAGAACGGAGGUACCUGCUCCCCUGAGGAUGGUACCUGUGUGUGUGCCCCCGGAUACAGAGGCACCUCCUGCAAGAGAAUCUGUUCUCCUGGGUUUUAUGGGCCCCGCUGCAGUCAGUCCUGUCCCCAAUGCGUCCACAGCUCUGGUCCAUGCCAUCAUGUGACUGGACUCUGUGAGUGUCUGUCAGGCUUCUACGGAUCCCUGUGCAACCAAGUGUGUUCUAGCGGCAGGUAUGGAAAGGACUGUUCCCAGACGUGCAUGUGCACCAACAACGGCACAUGUAACCCCAUCGAUGGAUCCUGUCAGUGUUUCCCAGGGUGGAUCGGUGAAGACUGCUCUCAAGUGUGUCCGUCAGGAUACUGGGGUGCUGACUGUCUGAACAGCUGCAUCUGCCAUAACGGAGCUCAGUGCAGGCCAUACGACGGAGAGUGUAGGUGUAGCCCAGGUUGGACAGGACUCUACUGCACACAGCGCUGUCCAUCAGGGUUCUAUGGCAGGGACUGCUCAGAGGUAUGUCGUUGUCAGAACGGAGCGGUCUGUGACUAUGUGACCGGGCAGUGUGCCUGUCGCACCGGAUUCAUCGGGACCAACUGUGAACAGAAGUGUCCUCCUGGUACAUUUGGCUAUGGGUGUCAGCAGCUGUGUGAGUGUCUGAAUAACGCCACCUGUGACUACGUCACUGGAACCUGCUACUGCAGCCAAGGAUACAAAGGCAUCCGCUGUGACCAAGCUGCUCUGAUGAUGGAGGGGUUGAACCCCUACACUAAGAUGGGUCCAGCACGGGGGGGUUCAGAACGCCAGUCAGCUGGUGCUGUGAUGGGGGUAAUCUUCCUCCUCCUCAUCAUCAUGGCUCUACUCAGCCUGUUUGUCUGGUACCGCCAGAGACAGGGAGACAAGGGUCAGCACCUUCCGCCUAGUGUGGCUUACACCCCCGCCCUGUCUGAGUGUGGUAGUACGAUAGCCAUGCGUCCCUCCACCGUGGAUGUGUCUCAGGCUGUAAGCCAGAGUGCCAGCAGCAGCUGUUUCUCCAACCCGUCUUACCACACUGUGUCUUUGGCCCAGUGUAACGCUGCCUCAAACAUCGCCACCAGUCUGGAUGGCACUCUCACUCUCCAGUCCAGCACCCUCAACGGAGUCAGGAAUGGGUCCGAGUGGAGAGCCUACUGCAACCUCAGCAAUCUAGAUGUCCAACCAGGAGACACAGGGACACAGAAAAGAUCCAUCAAGACAGCAGAUUUCAUGAAGGGCAGUCACAGCCAAUGUUCUUUGAGUGGGGAGCUGUCCUCCUUCUGUCCUCCUUCAGGGGAGCUGUCCUCCUUCUGUCCUUCUUCAGGGGAACUGUCCUCCUUCUGUCCUCCUUCAGGGGAACUGUCCUCCUUCUGUCCUCCUUCAGGGGAACUGUCCUCCUUCUGUGUUGGUGCUGCUACAGUCCUCACCUCAGCCAACAGGAAGCUAUAUGACGUGGAGCCAACAGUGAGUGUUCUCAAGGGACCCAAUGGGAUGGCCACUGGUUUCUCCCAGAGUCCCUACGACCUUCCUCGGAGUAGCCUCUUACCCAGCCAUUAUGACAUCCUGCCCAUGCGCCACAGCCCUACAAACAACUCCACCCCUCCCCCAGAGAGCCCCAGUUCCCUGCUCUAAAUUGGGGACACCCUGGCCCUGACAUUCUAACAACGUUCUUCUGACAAUGUUGCCCCCCGUCUCCACCCAUGAUGACUACAGUGCAAAACAGGGCGGUGCUGAGAUGGAGGAGAGCUGACCUUCUUCUACACAACAACAGUUUUUCCUCUUCUGCUCGCUUUUUUUCGCUUUCAUCCACUGAGGACAUGGACUCCAAUUAACCCUAACACAGACUCAUCAACAGGGGACUGAGAGGGAGUGUGAGGGGUAGAGGCAGAGGCAGAAGUGUGAGGGGUAGAGGCAGAGGCAGAAGUGUGAGGUAGGUAGAGGUGGAGGCAGGAG